UAUCCACUAUCGAGACGUUUCUCCCUCUUUCUUCCCUUCAUAUCCUCUUGCGAUCAAUGAAAGGAAAGGAUUUCUUUGAGCUUAAUCGGUGCUGCUUCUUCUUCUGGGUUAUUAAUCUGAUAGGAAGACUCAUUCUUCUGUUUAGAAACGUAGGAAAUAUUUCCAGUUCCGAUUGCUGAGCGACGAUUUCUUCUCUCUUUUUAGCAUUUGUGUGGAGAUUCUUCUUGGGGUUUCGAAGAUGGAAAAUGGAACUAUUUCUUCUUUAAAUAAUAACAUCAGUGGUGGUUAUGUUCUGGACAUUUACCCUCUUAGCGGUUACUACUUUGGAUCCAAAGAAGCCAUUGCAAACAAAGACGAAACUUUAGCUGAUCGUGUACAGAGGCUGAAAACCAACUACGCCGCGAACGGUUUGAGGACCUGUGUCGAAGGAGUUAUCCUGGUUGAGCUGUUUAAACAUCCUCAUUUGUUGGUACUGCAAGUAAGGAACUCUUUCUAUAAGCUUCCUGGCGGCCGCUUAAGACCUGGUGAAUCAGAUAUUGCUGGGCUGAAGCGCAAGCUUUCGAGCAAGCUCUCUGUUAUUGAACAUGGCUUGGACGAUGACUGGGAGAUAGGAGAAUGCCUUGGAAUGUGGUGGAGGCCUGACUUUGAAACUAUAUUUUUUCCAUAUUUGCCACCAAAUACAAGAAGGCCCAAGGAGUGCACAAAACUCUUUCUUGUGAAGUUGCCUGCUAAUAGGAAGUUCAUUGUACCAAGAAAUAUGAAAUUGCUUGCUAUUCCACUUUGCCAAAUCCAUGGAAAUCAUAAGACAUAUGGUCCAAUCAUUUCAGGAGUCCCACAGCUGCUAUCAAAAUUCUCCUUCAACAUCAUUGAAAGUUGAAUCAAAUUGUGCAGAGUUAUAGAGCAGAAAUUUAGGAGUCUAUUAUAGAUAUUGAGAUAGAUUAGCAAGGAAUAGGCAUGAAAAUACCUAUGUCUGAUCUCCACAACACAUGUCAUAGCCUUGUAGAGGUAAGAGGUGGUUGUUGCCACUGCUGUAAUGAUUUUCAGACACUGAACCUAACGAUGUAAAAAUGUUUGGUUUCAUGUUCUUGUGGUGUAAGUAUUUUGUUUCUACUAGUUUUCUCAAGUCUAAGGCUGCUGCAUCUGGUAUCUCCCAGCAGCAUGAUACAUUUAUUACCACAGAGGUCAUGUGGUAAUAACCCAACCAUUGUAUGUCUAUGGAAUGGCUGGACCAUGGAUCAAGGUUUCACCAUUGUAUCACAUGUAACUGAUAUUGAUACGAUUUACAUCUAAUACGGACCCGACAUGGGUUGAUAUGGUC